UGCACUCACGUUAUAUAAAAUAAUUAUAAGUGAAUGUUUUAGCAGUCAUUAUUUUAACUUAUAUUUGAACAAAUAGAAGUCUUGAUUUUACAGAAAUGGAUGUACAAAGACAUUCUGUACAUACACUUGUGUUUAGGUCUUUAAAGAGAACUCAUGAUAUGUUCUUGUUAAAUCAAGGAACAUUACCACCAAUGGAUCCUAAUGUGUUAAAGAUGAAAAAAGCUGUAAAAGCAAAUGACUGUUAUGGACCUGUAUUAGAGCGAGUUAAAACCAGCAAUUUGGCGAAAACACAAAAUGAACCAGAUAAUGCAGAUCCUCCUCCACCUGGCGACGAAUCUUUUGGUGGAACUAACAGCACAUCAAUAGUACCUUAUAAUCCUGUACAUAACAGCAAUGGAGUUGUGACUCAUUUAAAUGCUGGAGGAAAUGCAGUUAAUAAUAUUAUAAUGAUACCGCAGAAGAAGACACCAUCCAUGGCAAAACCAAAAUGGCAUGCACCAUGGAAAUUGUAUAGAGUUAUUAGUGGUCAUCUCGGUUGGGUUCGGUGCUGUGCUGUUGAACCAGGAAAUGAAUGGUUUGCUACUGGUUCAGCACAUAGAGUUAUUAAAAUUUGGGAUCUUGCGAGUGGUAAACUAAAAGUUUCUUUGACUGGUCAUAUAAGUUGUGUUCGUGGAUUAGCAUUUUCUCAACGGCACCCAUAUUUAUUUUCUUGUGGAGAAGAUCGACAAGUGAAGUGUUGGGACCUUGAGUAUAAUAAGGUUAUAAGGCAUUAUCAUGGACAUUUAUCAGCAGUGUACUCCAUGGCAUUACAUCCUAGUAUAGAUGUAUUAGUAACUGCAGGUCGAGAUUCUACUGCAAGAGUAUGGGAUAUGCGUACAAAAGCUAAUGUACACACACUUGUUGGUCACACUAAUACAGUUGCUAGUGUUAUUUGUCAAACUACUGAACCACAGAUCGUUACUGGGAGUCAUGAUUGUACUAUACGGUUGUGGGAUUUAGCGGCUGGAAAAUCUAGAGCUACAUUAACAAAUCACAAGAAAAGUGUAAGGGCUGUAACCUUCCAUCCAUCAUUAUACAUGUUCGCCUCAGCAUCCCCAGAUAAUAUUAAACAGUGGAAAUGUCCAGAAGGAAAGUUUAUACAAAAUUUAUCUGGUCACAAUGCCAUAGUUAAUUGUUUGGCUGUAAAUGCAGAUGGUGUUUUAGUUUCUGGAGCGGAUAAUGGAACAAUGCACCUUUGGGAUUGGAGGACAGGGUAUAAUUUUCAACGUUUACAAGCUCCAGUUCAACCUGGUUCAAUGGACAGCGAAGCUGGAGUAUUUAGUAUAACAUUUGACAUGUCCGGUACUCGUAUGAUUACAACGGAAGCAGACAAGACAAUUAAAGUUUACAAAGAAGAUGACGCUGCUACGGAAGAAACCCAUCCUGUUAAUUGGAGACCAGAUAUAAUAAAACGAAGAAAAUAUUAA